AUGCCUAUAGAUUCCAAAUUAAGGCAUGAUAUGUUAACAUCUUUAAUUAUUGCUUAUACAGAAAGAGAUGUAAAGAAUAUAAAGAGUGUUAAAGGUAAUAUUCUUAGACCAUUGACGGAUCAUGAAAUACGAAGACCUUUAAAGUUAGAAUAUUGUGAUGCGGUAAUUAACGAAGUUAAUCGAAUUAGGCCUACUGGAAAUGAAUUCCCAAGAUAUUUUGAAAACCCUUGCGAAGUAGCAGAUUAUUUAUGGAAUGCUGGAACAAUGUUUCACGUAAAUAUGGAUCCUAAUGCAAGGCAUAAAUUUUCGUUGGUAAUAUUUGGUGGUGGAUUACGUAAUUGUCCAGGAAGAAAAUUAGCAACAAUAGAAUUACUGUCAUUAUUGGUAUUGGUAUUUAGAAAGUAUGAUAUUGAGUUAGUUGAUAUGAGUGCACCACUAAUGACUAAAUCCACAAUAGCUAAUUCUUGUGAGGAAUCGAAGGUUAGAAUUAGACCUAGGAAUUAA